GCCGAACAACAAAACAUUUGGUAAAAUUAUACCAAGCUUCCACAAAAGGAAAAGGAAAAAAUGUGGAGGCUAAUUAUGCUGAUGAUAUCAAUCCAAUUUUGCCUAAAUUUGAUGUGUUCGAUUUCUACAUGGAUGAUGCUGAAAUUGGUGAUGAGAUUUUCAUCCGCAUCACCUCACUGGCCAUUCACGCGAAUAAUCUUUCAUCAGCAUCAUCUCAAAGAGCCUCAGCAAACUUUGUUUACAUAUAUGUGCAUGUGUGUGCUCCUCAGUCCCUUUCCGUAACCAGCGAUUCAAUUUCCGUCUGGAAUCAGAACCCAAUUUCUGGGGUUUCCUAGCCAAAAUGAGUGAAGCCAACACUGAUAUUGAUGUGAUUCAUUCGUGGUCUGCACCAAGGUCUCUCAGUACCAGCCUCAUGUAUUCCUUUGCGCAGAGAGACGAUACUGAAGUUCUUGACGAACCCUUGUAUGCAUAUUUUCUCAAAGUAACCGGAGCAAAGAGGCCAUACAGGGAUGCUGUUCUUUCAAAUAUGGAAUGUGAUGGCAAUAAGGUGGUCAAAGAUAUAAUUUUUGGCCCAGGAGAAAAGAAAUUUCGGUACUGUAAGCACAUGGCUAAGCAACACUUACCAGGUUUGACUGAUGAGUUAAUGAAGAGAGGAAAACAUUUCAUACUCAUCCGGAAUCCCAUUGAGAUCUUGCCAUCCUUUGAUGAGCAUGUUCCCUCAUCCUUUCUUGAGUUAGGGCUAGGAGACCUUGUCUCUUUAUACUCUGAGCUCUCCAGACUGGGAAAGCCUCCACCUGUCAUUGAUGCUGCAGAUCUUCGAACUGAUCCUGAGGUUUAGAGUUUUUUCAUUAAGUCUCGUAUAUCUUCCAUGUAUUUUUCUUUUGCUUAAGCAUUAUGAAAGACUUGAUGGCUGCUUCGUGUCGUGUGUGUUUGUAACAUUCCUUCUUAUUUACUUAUUGAUUCAGUCAACUGAACUAUACACUUUCCAUUUUUGUUCGUCACAAAAUGAACUUCACACUCCUUGGAUUCCUUUUUAGGAAAUGAAUAUGUGGUUCAUAU